UGGUACUUUUCAGAGUGAAACACUGACUCACUGCUACCAAGAUGGCGAGUCUGUUCACUGCUGUGGCCGUGCUGGCUGUGUUGUCUGGUGGGUUGUGUGAGGAGAAAACCUUUCUUCAGAGAGCUGGUGUGGCCUUUAACAACAGAGAGUAUGAAUCUGUGCUUACUGUGACCAAUGGAGAGCAGUUUGGUAACUGGACCUGGGUGGAGAUGUGUCCUGACAAGUUCUUUGCUGUUGGAUUCAGUAUCAGGGUGGAGACCAACCAGUACAUGUCAGACGACACUGGCCUGAACGGGAUCCGCCUCAUCUGCUCCAAAGACGAGCGCCGAAGCUUCCUGUACUCUGUUGAGUCCCACACUGGCUACUUCGGCGACUGGUCCCAGCCUCAGUACUGCCCCAGUGGCGUGCUCACCUCUUUCCAGAUUCGCGUGGAGCCUCAUCAGGGUCUGUUUGGCGACGACACAGCCGUCAACAACAUCAAGUUCCGCUGCAGUAGUAACCCGGCGCUGGAGGGACCCGGCAUGACCUGGGGAGAGUACGGAAGCUGGAGCCAGGAGUGUAUUAACGGAGGAAUCUGUGGCAUUGAGACCAAGAUGGAGGACUACCAGUACGGCCUGGACGAUUCCGCCCUCAAUGAUGUGCGCUUCCAUUGCUGUGCCAAGGUUCAGCAGUGAUUGACUGUGUGACCGGCUUGAUCCAGUCCUUCUCCGACACCCUGAACUCAAAGACAGCAAAAAAUAAACAUUGCACAUUUCAA